AUGUCAGAACCCGACCUAACCCUGGAAGCCUCAAGCGCAGAUGCUCUUCCUCCAUCAUUGGAUGCCGAACUCGACUCGCUCCACUCCCAGGAAACCCUCAUUCUCGAGCUCCAGUCAGGCAAAAUCUACCGCUACAAGACCCUCGCGACUGACAUGCGUCUACUGUGGCAGCAUCUCCGGAGAAGCGACACAGGUACCGCUGCGGAGGCUACACUCUCGGACCAGAGUUACAUAACGGCAACGGCGAAACGGCUAUCCGAAGACUUCGCGCGUCUCAGCGAGGAAUUAGUGCAGGAAGAGAAGCUGGCCGCGGAUCUGGGGCGGCUGAGGGAAGUGAUACUCCAGAGGGAGAGGGAACGGCUCACCGAGGAGAUACUGAACGAGAGGGAGCAGCUGCGUGCGGAUGUGCGGAGGGAGGAGGAGCUUCACCUGGCGACUAUGACGGAGGUGGAAGCGCUCCGGAGGCAGCUGGAUGAGGAGAAGAAGCUCCAUGAGGAGACACGAUUGAUGAGAGACCAGCAGACCUCUAAGCAGAAUGAGAAGGAGAAGGAGCUUCGCGCGGUGACUUCGGAAGGGUUAUGGCUUCGCGAGAGACUGAGUGAGGAGAAGAGGCUCCAUGUGGAGACGGGACGGGCGAGAGACCAGCUUUCUGAGCAGAAUAAUAAACAGAAGGAACUCUGUGAGGAAUUGCAAACGGAAAAUAAAGCAUUACAUGAGGAAAUAUUCAACGGCAGGGAGGGCCGCGAAGCGAUGGAGAGCGAGAUCGAGGAGCUCCGUGCGGAGCUUCUAAAGAAGAGAGAACAACUUCGUGAAGAGAUAAUGGUCGAAAUGAAGCUAGAAGAGGCAGAGCAGGAAAGAUCCAGACGGGCGCUACUGGAGCAGCAAGGGAGGGAAAUGCGAAGUUUCGAGAAGACAAUCGCGCGCGAUUGA